GCGUGCGAGGGUGGCACUGGCAGCCGCCGGGCGUUAAGAGAGUGCCGAGGUCUGAGCGCGGGAGCGGAGCACGGGCGGCGGCGGGGCACGCAUCGGGCGUCAGGGCAGCAGAGCAGACAGCAUGAGAGGAGCGACGCACGAGCAGCCGCAGCCGCAGCGGCGCACGCAGCGCCCACAGCCGGCUGAUCCAGCGGCGGGCAGCGGUGUCUCGGAGCAUUGCUUGCUCCAGCGCAUCGGAGCGCGCAGAGGAGCGGCAGAGGCGCCAACUCUGCAGCGCCAGUGUGGCCCGCCGGGCGGCGAGUGCGCGCCUUGCUCGCCGGCGAGUGCCGCAGGCUGCCGAGGGAUCAGGAGAGCGCAGAGAUGGCGGACCGGCGUGCGGCAACAGCGGUGCCGGCGCUAUCAAUUUGCACUAGCGUCCUGCCCUGCGGCCUCGACUCGGGGCGCGAGGGGGGAGCGAGUGGAGCGAGGACUCGCAGCCGGAGGCGCAGCGCCGCACGCCGGCGCCGAGCCUUGGUAUUCCGCGCCUUUGCCGCCGGAGUGUACCCGCGACAGCGGAGCAAUGUGGUGCAGGGGGCACAUGGGCCUGCAGCUCGUAGCUCGCUCCUCGCACCUUGGGACUGCCGCUCUGCACAUGCAGCGGUACCUGCACCUUGCGGCCCGCCCGUCGGCGCAUGCUGCCGAACAGCGCCACGCCGAGCAGAGUCUAGUGACGAAGCGGUGGCCAAGAGACGGCUUGCUGCGAGCUCCGAGCGGCCUCGCAAGCCUUGUUGUGCGCUGCUGGCCGUGCCCACAUGCUGCAUGGCGAGGAGACCCGGCGCAGGGCAGCAACGCCGGCUCCGAGGCUGCCGGUGCUGAUUUGAUGCGCAUCAGACGACGGCGGUCCAAGCGGUGCCGUCUGCGAGCUCAAUCACGCCAGAGCGCCGAGAAGGCACGGCGGCGAGCCACAGCGUCGGUGGCAGAGCGCGGCGAGGAGGGGGGAGAGGGUGUGUGCGGGUGCCCGAUUCGCCGGCUGCUGGCGUGCCCGGCGCGACGGCCGCGGCAUGAGAACUCCCGUCGUCGGCGCCGCUGAUGCCCCCACUCCCACCUCAGAGGGGCAGCGGGCACUUCGCCCAGCUCGGCGCUGCUCGCCUUGGCAUG